CCCGUUAAACCCACAAACAGCGCUGAGCGCGGCUCCAUAUUGGAUCGGAUUUCGUCUGAGAAACACAUUGCUCGGGCGGGCAUAUUAUCUAAUACACCGACAAAAAGCUCACUGUACGCCUAGGCAUGAGGACUAGCAGGCGGCAAAUACCACUGUCACGAACAAACCUUCUCCAGGACUCUGCUUCUCUAAGCGGCGUCAUUGCCUCCGCGAACGCUCUUAUUAACGGCGCUUAGAAAUUAGGUCAACCACGCACCUGAGGAGCGGCUGAAAAAGUGGCAUGCAGAGUGAGGAAGAAACGGUUGGACUGAGAUAACGUUGGCAGUUACCUGACCUUCUGAGGCAGAGUGAGGGGUAAAAACUGCGGCGUUCAAAAACUGGCUGGAAAGUAAUGUUUACACUCACAGAGGUUGCAUCCUUGAAUGACAUCCAGCCGACGUAUCGCAUCUUAAAGCCAUGGUGGGACGUCUUCAUGGACUACUUGGGCCUGGUCAUGCUCAUGUUGGCCAUAUUUGCAAUGACCAUGCAAAUCACCAAGGACCAAGUCGCUUGCCUUCCUUGUCCUGAAGAAACGGGUGGGGUUUCAGAAACUGAAGCUAAUCUGUACUCCACCCAAAAAGGAUCCUCUGCAACACCCACUGGAGCCCCUGUUACACCUACAAUCCCUUCGGGCACUACAGCGCAGUCCAACAAAGCCGUCACUGGUAUUCUCAUGACGCAUGGGACCGGAACAGCAGAACAAAAAACAGAUCUCCAACCUGAACCGAAAGGGGUUAAAACCAACCUGGACUUUCAACAAUAUGUCUUUAUCAACCAAAUGUGUUACCAUGAUGCCUUACCCUGGUCUUCCAAGUACUUUCCAUAUCUUACACUUAUUCACACCAUUAUUCUCAUGGUCAGUAGCAAUUUCUGGUUUAAAUACCCCAAGACAAGUUCAAAGAUUGAUCAUUUUGUCUCCAUUCUGGGGCGGUGUUUUGAGUCGCCUUGGACAACAAAAGCUUUGUCUGAAACGGCAUGUGAGGACUCUGAGGAGAACAAACAGAGGUUAACAGGCAGUUCCUCAGGACCAAAGCAGGUGUCUUUAGAGGGGAAGGAUGAAAGUCCUGACACCAACCCAUCCACACCAAUGCUUGGGGUCAAGGUCUCUGUAGAUAAACACAUUGCAGAGGUCCCAAGCAGCAUGACCAUCCUGGAUAAAAAGGACGGAGAGCAGGCCAAAGCCCUAUUUGAGAAGGUGCGAAAGUUCCGAGCCCACGUGGAAGACAGUGAUUUCAUUUACAGGCUUUAUGUCGCUCAAACCUCUGUCAAAACUGUUAAGUUUAUUUUGAUUCUGUCCUACACUUCCACCUUGGUUAAAAUAGAAUUCAAGCAUUAUUGUGAACCAGACAUAGAACAGCUAACAGGCUAUAAAAAAUUCUACUGUACACACAACUUGGCUUUCAUGCUGAACAAGCUGCUCUUUACCUACAUAGUGUUGAUCAUAAUCUAUGGAAUGACAUGCCUAUACUCCCUGUUUUGGGUGUUCCGACGCCCUCUGAAAGAGUAUUCCUUCGAGAAGGUGAGGGAAGAGAGCAGCUUCAGUGACAUUCCGGAUGUCAAGAACGACUUUGCGUUUCUACUGCACAUGGUCGACCAGUACGAUCAGCUUCACUCCAAGCGCUUCGGCGUCUUCCUGUCGGAGGUCAGCGAAAACAAGCUGAGGGAGAUCAGCCUCAAUCACGAGUGGACAUUUGAAAAACUAAAGCAGCAUGUCACGCGCAAUGCACACGACCAGCAGGAGCUGCACCUCUUCAUGCUGUCCGGCCUGCCGAACGCUGUGUUUGACCUGACAGACCUAGAAGUGCUGAAGCUGGAGCUGAUUCCCGAGGUGAGAUUUUCCGCCAAGGUUUCUCAGAUGACCAGCAUGCAGGAGCUGCAUCUGUGCCAUUGUCCGGCCAAAGUGGAGCAAACCGGUUUUGCCUUCCUACGGGAUCACCUGCGCUGCCUGCACGUCAAGUUCACGGAUGUCGCAGAGAUUCCGCCUUGGGUCUACUUGCUGCGGAGUCUGAGAGAGCUGUACCUAAUGGGGAACUUGAACUCAGAAAACAACAAAAUGAUCGGCCUGGAGUCCAUGAGGGAUUUGAGGCAUCUGAAGACUCUUUGCCUGAAGAGCAAUCUCACGAAGAUGCCGACAAACAUCACUGAGCUCUCCCCGCAUCUCCUCCGACUGGUGGUGCACAACGAUGGGACAAAACUACUGGUGCUGAACAGUCUGAAGAAAAUGACGAGCCUCGUUGAGCUAGAGCUGCACAACUGUGAACUGGAAAGGAUCCCUCAUGCCAUCUUUAGCCUGACCAACCUGCAGGAACUCGACUUGAAGUCCAACAACAUCAGAACUAUAGAAGAGAUCAUCAGCUUCCAGCAUCUCAAGAGGCUGACGUGCCUAAAGCUCUGGCACAACAAAAUCAUCACCAUCCCAGCAUCCAUUGGUCAUGUCAAGUCCCUGGAAUCUCUCCACCUUUCUCACAAUAAACUGGAGUCCCUUCCUUCAGCCUUGUUUACUCUUCCCAAGCUGCGACACUUGGACGUGGCCCACAACUCCAUCACAGUGCUUCCACCUGACGUGGGCCUCCUCAACAACCUCCAGCAUCUGGCCAUUAACUCGAACAAGCUGGAAGCCCUGCCCAAACCUCUCUUCAGAUGCACCAAGCUGAAGGUGCUUUGUCUAGGUCAAAACGCGCUCACCAGUCUGCCAGAGACCGUGGGUCAACUGGUACAGCUCACGCAGUUGGAGCUUAGAGGGAACUGCCUGGACAGACUGCCCAUCCAGUUGGGAAGCUGCCGGCUGCUGCGAAAGAAUGGCCUCAUCGUGGAGGACCAUCUUUUUGACACCCUGCCGGUGGAAGUUAAAGAGAGCAUCAGCAGAGAAACAAAUGUUUCCUUUAGUGGCUAAUAAAACAAGAUCCACCUGAAAGACAUAACUACAUUUCUGAAAAUGUUUGCAGAAACGGGGAAACAAAUUUAUCAUUUACAAAAAUGAAUUCAUUUACUUGAUCAUUUCAGAGGAUAAAAUUGGUUGCUAACAUUAACAUUAGGGGUGCACCGAUAAAUCAGCCCUGAUUUCCUUAAUUUUGGGAGAUCGGGGAUUCUCCGACACUUGCGUGUGAAGUCGAUCUUAUCUACCUCGGCAAAGGUCUAGAAAUCAACCACUGUCCUCUUGAGAGGUUUGACUGACAGACCGGCCCCCCAGGCAGUUAAUAGUCAGUUCUCUGUUGCCAACUCAAUAUAGCUUGCUCUAUAUUUAACAACAUAUGAGACACAAAAAUCAGUAUCGGCCAAGAUUGUCAUCAGCAAGUCAAGCUUUUUAAAGAUCUGUAAUCAGCGAUUGACCUGAAAACUGCAAUUGGUGCACCCCUGAUUAAUAAAACUUCAAAGAGGCAUUUUUGUUGGCUACUGGAAUGACAGGUAAAAGUAUUCUUAAAGUUUUUAAGAUUUUAUUUCCCCCUUUAAUUUAUAUUAAGAUGUUAAGUGAUCGACCAACACAGAGUAAUAUAUGAGUAUUUAGUAAAAGAAUAUUAUUUUUAAAUUGUUUGUAAACAUUUGCAAUUUACAUGAUGAAUGGUCAUGGAGACAAAGUGUUGGCUUUUUAUUACGGAUGCACAAUGCAUUGGCAUUAACUGAGCCGAUGUCGGAUUAAAUGCAGAACAUGAACAUCAUUGUCAAGUCCUGACACAAUAUGUUAAAGGUCAUUGUUUUGCUGCCCCAGGAUUGAGUGUUUUCCAUCUCCAUCAGGAUUUCCUCCAGAUUAAUUACUAACAACAAAAUAAACGUGUGACUGACUGGGACUCCUUGCUUGGCCUGUCAGUUUUGGUUGAAAUCCAUGUCUGGGUAGGUUUGCAGUUGGGCCGUGCCAUGCUCUGUUCCAAAUGAAGAAUUGAUUGAAGCUCUGUGAGAUGUUAAAGUUUGGGAUAUUGAUGUAGGAAUUGUUUAAAUUUGUCAUCGUUCUCCUUGACCAGUCUGUUUUUUUGGUCUCCAGGACACCGUUUAUUCGCUAUUAAACCUCGGAGGUCUUCACGGAACUCCUGCAAUUAUGCUUGAAUAAAAUUGCAGGUAUUGUUGUUAAUUAGUUGGUAUCUGAAAGCAGGUGGUUGCUUUAGACAUUAUUUAGGGGAAUCAAAGUAAAGGGAGCUGAAUACAAAUGCAUCCCAUCCUUUUCAGACUUUUAAUGAAAGAUAGUGAAAAUCAUGCACUGUUUUGUAUCAUCAUGCGUGUACUAUAAUUUAGGAAGAUCAGCUCUGGAUGUAAAAAUAUUAAAACUGGUGAGAAUUUAUUGCAGUAUUUUUAAUGGGAGUAGAUUUAAUAGUGCUGAUGUUUUCUCUGCAUACAGCUGGAACCGUACAAAUGUAAAUCUGCACCGGCUAGUGAUUUUACUGCGCAACAGUGAUCAGAACUUCGUUUAUUUAUUUAUUUUUGUUACUUGUACCAUUUGUCUCCAUGACUGAAUAUUAUGCACCAAAUAUUGGCAUCACCUGGGCCGAUAUUAAUAACUGAUGUUUUUUUCUUGUUGCUGUUUGUGUGUGCGUUCCAUGUGAUGUUGGGUCAUGUGUCAAAAGGGCAGGGAAAUAUAUUGGGUAAAUAUUGGUUAUAGAAACAAGAUGGUAUCGGGUAUUGGUAUAAGCCCAAAUUUUCCUAUCUGUGCAUCCCUGUUUUUUGUGGUUUCCAACAUUGCUAGAAGUUAAUUCUUUUGAUGAUUUUUUUUUUUUUAAUUCUCUGAUAAACGUAUCUCUAUCGUGUUUCAUUUUAAUGCACUUUGUGUUGGUCCAUCACAUAAAAUCCUAAUGGAAUACACUGAAUCUGGUGGUGAUAACGUGGCAGAAUGUAAAGCAGUUCAAAAGGUGGAAAUAAUUUUGCAAGGUAUUCUCAUUUAAUUUUUUCGUUCAUAGCUUUUAAGUCACUGGGAACCCCCCACAAAGACACAAAUGCAACUUUGUUAUUCUAUUUUAACCAAAACCAUUUGCUCCAGUGAUUAAAUGUAGAUUUGUUUUAAUAGUCUUUGUAGAUGCUCAGGUAUAAUCGUAACCAUGGGGGAAGAAUCUCUUUUGUUUUGUUGCCUUAACUGCUGCUAUAUUUGUUUUUCCACAGCAAAAGACCAAAAAUGAAAUGGAAUGUUUUCUCAUCUAUCUGCUUUGGCAGAGCAUUUUUAUUUUAAAAUCUCUUCUAGAAGUAAAAAAACCAAAAUAGAAUAAUCAAAAAGAAAAAAUCAAAGCCCUCCUAUCUUGGUGGUUUUUAACUGGUUUCUCAUAUUUUCUUCAUGUGCAUUUCUGUAGCAGACUGAACGACCUUAGAGUUGUAAAACUCAGCACCAGAGAAAUACCUUUACCUCACUGUUGUAGAGAUUGUACACCAAGGCCUCUGUGGUUUGUACCUAAAAGCUUUAUUAUGUAAAAAAAAAAAAAAAGAAUGUCGCUUACUGAUGACGUGUGUGUAGACGGAGAGCUGAUAAAAGGGAAACGUGUUGGCUCUAACUUUUUAAAUCAUGUUUUAAUACUUUAGCCUGUGAUUGAGAAUGACCAUUAGCUCAGUCACCUACUGAUGAUGAUGAUGUCUGCCUUCAUUCUUUAAGUGUACCUCUUUGUAACCCUUUAAGUGUUCUUCAGAGCUCAUGUAUCAUGUUAGUCGUCUCAUGCUGCAAUUUUAUUUGGCAAUAAAAAGAAAAUCUACAA